AUGUCGUUUAAAAUACAUCAAAGAAUUCACACUGAAGAGAAACCUUUUGGCUGUACUCAAUGUGGGAAGAGUUAUGCCCUGUCAGGUAGCCUGAUAUCACAUCAGAGAACACACACAGGAGAGAAACCUUUUAGCUGUACUCAGUGUGGGAAGAGUUUUGUUAAUUCUAGCUGUCUGAAGAGACACCAGAUAACACACACAGGAGAGAAAGCUUUUAGCUGUAAUCAAUGUGGAAAGAGUUAUAGAGAGUCAGGUAGCCUGAAAUCACAUCAGAGAACACACACAGGAGAGAAACCUUUUAGCUGUACUCAAUGUGGGAAGCGUUUUUUUCGUUCUAGCUGUCUGAAGAAACACCAGAAAACACACACAGGAGAGAAACCUUUUAGCUGUAAUCAAUGUGGGAAGAGUUUUACCCAGUCAAGAAACCUGAUAUCACAUCAGAGAACACACACAGGAGAGAAACCUUUUAGCUGUAAUCAAUGUGGGAAGAGUUUUACCCAGUCAGGUAGCCUGAUAUCACAUCAGAGAACACACACAGGAGAGAAACCUUUUAGCUGUAAUCAAUGUGGAAGGAGUUAUACCCUGUUAGGUAGCCUGACAGCACAUCAGAGAACACACACAGGAGAGAAACCUUUUAGCUGUACUCAAUGUGGGAAGAGUUUUUUUCGUUCUAGCUGUCUGAAGAGACACCAGAAAACACACACAGGAGAGAAAUCUUUUAGCUGUAAUCAAUGUGGAAAGAGUUAUACCCAGUCAAGAAGCCUGAUAUCACAUCAGAGAACGCACACAGGAGAGAAACGAGAGAAACCAUAUAGCUGUACUCAAUGUGGGAAGAGUUUUUUUUGUUCUAGCAGUCUGAAGGUACACCAUAGAACACACACAGGAAAGAUACGAGAGAAAUCAUAUAGCUGUACUCAAUGUGGGAAGAGUUUUUUUCGUUCUAGCCAUCUGAAGAUACACCAUAGAACACACACAGGAGAGAAACCAUAUAGCUGUACUCAAUGUGGGAAGAGUUUUUUUUGUUCUAGCAGUCUGAAGGUACACCAUAGAACACACACAGGAGAGAAACCAUAUAGCUGUACUCAAUGUGGGAAGAGUUUUUUUCGUUCUAGCCAUCUGAAGAGACACCAUAGAACACACACAGGAGAGAAACCUUUUAGCUGUGAUCAAUGUGGGAAGAGUUUUACUACAUCUAGCAGUCUGACUAAACACCAGAGAACACACACAGGAGAGAAACCUUAUGGCUGUGAUCAGUGUGACAAGAGAUACUUUGAUAAAAGA